AUGUCUUCACCGGGGUUCACCGGCGGUAUUGGAUCCUCCGAUCUAUACGGCCGAGCAACCAACUUUGCCGGUAGAUCUAUCACUCUUCCAUCCAACAUGAACAACAACAACAUCAAUAAUAACAAUCAAUUCUCAACCGCAACCACCACCACCACCACCCAGAAUUUUCAUAACCCUUUCCACCGAGCCCAAAUCCAAGAAAACCGAUCAUCAAACCUUAUCAGAAGAUACCUUGACCCUGCUUCGCAAAUCGCACAUCCCCUAAAUUCCACCCUCGUCCGAAAACGUACCCUCUCUGAAUUUCAAACCCAAACCCAAAACAUCAACAACAACAACCUUAGCAACAACCUUAACAACAACAACCUUCAUACCACCAAUACCGCUAACGCUUUUCUUUCAAACCUCGUACUUCGUUCUGUCAAAGCUAGAAAUUUUCUACACGGUUCUCCUAUGUCACCUCUUUCUCCUAUGGAUUCCUCAAAUUCACCAUCUGAUUCUUCUUCCUCCUCCGCUAUAGCCACGCUUCUUCGCUCCAACCCUAGUGGUCAAAACUCAAUCCCCGUGAAUAAUUCCACCCCCCAAAACACGAAUUUUCAAUAUCAAAAUUCCAACUUUGAUGAGAUUCGAACAACACUCCCUGACCCACAAAAGAAAAUGAUGGAGGAUUGCUUAAUGGAGUUGGAAAAACAGCUUCUUGAUGACAAUGACGAAGAAGUAGAACCCGACCCAAAUUCUGUGCUUACAAACAGUGAAUGGUCGGAAACAAUUCAGAAUUUGAUUAGCUUCGAGCAAAACCCGAUUCUAAUACCCGUUUCAUCUCCCGCUUCAUCCAACAAUUCAUCUUCUUCCUCUGUUGUUUCACCUGCUAUGUUCUCUUCCAAGCAAUCGUUAGUGGAAGCGGCUAACGCGAUUUCCGAAGGUAGAAUCGAUGCUGCUUCGGAGAUCCUUAACCGUUUGAUUCAGUUAGUGAAUCCAUUGCUGAAUUUUGAUGGUAGAUUAACCUAUUGUAUGGUCUCAGCGCUGAAAUCCCGUAUGAAUCCUUGCGAAAUUCCGCCUCCAAUAGCGGAAUUGUUCAGCAAGGAACACGCUGAGUCAACUCAGCUUCUGUUUGAUAAUUCUCUCUGCUUUAAGGUCGCUUUCAUGGCUGCCAACGUCGCAAUCAUCGAAGCUGCAUUCGAUGCAACAACAGCUACAGAGAGCAGUAACAACAAUAUGAAGAAUCUUUGUGUGGUGGAUUUUGAUAUUGGCCAUGGGCAAAGAUACAUUAACCUUCUCCAUGAGCUACACGCGCGUAUCAAAAGUUCAGGUUCACCGGCAACUUUGAAGAUCACAGCUGUUGUUGACAACAUCAACGACGAGAGGUUGAAGAUGGUGUGUGACAAUUUGAGUUCACAAGCUGAGCGUUUAACAAUCGGGUUUGAAUUUAAAGUGGUGACACUGAAAAUCGCUGAGCUAACUCGCGAGUCUUUGGGUUUCAACUCGGAGGAUAUUCUUGCUGUGAACUUCGCGUUCAAACUUUUCAGAAUGCCAGACGAAAGCGUGUCAACUGAGAAUCCACGCGACGAGCUUCUCCGGCGCGUGAAAUCACUCUCCCCGGUUGUAGUUACCCUCUUAGAGCAAGAGAUGAAUACAAACACUGCACCAUUCGUUGCACGAGUGGCUGAGUCAUUUUCCUAUUACGGCACGUUGAUUGAUUCAAUUGAGUCAACACUGGGAAAGGAAAGUAUGGAUCGAGUCAAGAUUGAGGAGGGGCUGAGUCGGAAAUUGGGCAACACGGUUGCUUGUGAAGGUAGGGAUCGCGUGGAGCGUUGUGAAGUGUUUGGGAAGUGGCGUGCACGGAUGAGUAUGGCUGGGUUUAGGUUGAACCCGGUGAGUCAGAAAGUUGCUGAGUCAGUGAAAGCGCGACUCGCUCCGGGAAGUCGAGUUACUGUGAAUGAGGAAAACGGUGGGGUUUGUUUUGGGUGGAUGGGAAGAACACUAACCGUCGCAUCUGCUUGGCGUUAA